AUGGUCGAAAUCCACCCAAUUCUCCCACAAGCUUAUGGCUAUGGCUAUGUCAUGGGUUUGGGUGCUGCCUUUGCCCUGCUAAUGAUCGGAGUCACUUUCAUCCUCUCUAAAUACGUCGGAGAACACCAGGACUCUGAGCAUUUCUCAACUGCCUCAAGAUCCGUCAAAACGGGUCUUAUUUCUUCGGCAGUGGUCAGUUCCUGGACUUGGCCUGGAACACUUCUGACCAGUUCUGGUAUGGCGUAUAAUUAUGGAGUUUGUGGCAGUACUUGGUAUGCAUUUGCAUUCACCAUCCAGAUCACAUUCUUCUCGGUGAUCGCUUUAGAAGUAAAGAGAAAGUCCCCUGGUGCUCACACAGUCGUUGAGGUCAUAAAAGCCCGCUUCGGCCCCGUUGCCCAUUGGGUCUUUCUAUUUUACGGCCUUGGUACCAACGUCAUCAUCUCGGCCAUGCUGUUACUCGGAGGUUGCCAGGCCAUCUCGGUCGUCACCGGAAUGCACAUAGUAGCGGCCUCCAUGCUGUUGCCAUUGGGAGUUUGGGCAUAUACAGUCACUGGAGGGUUGAAAUCCACGUUUUUGUCGGAUUGGAUCCAUUCCGUGAUCAUAUAUAUCAUUAUCCUCACCACUGUGUUUGUGGCAUAUUGCGGCUCAUCCAAAAUAGGCUCCAUUGAUAGAAUGUACGAUCUGCUCACCGCUGUUUCAAAAACACACCCAUCUGCUGGUCACGAAGGCAGCUACUUGACAUUCUCCAAUAGAAUCGCUCUAUUCAACGGCUGGAACAUAGUUGUUGGUGGGUUCUCCACCGUUUUCUGUGAUCCAUCCUACGGACAGAAGGCCAUUGCUGCCAAACCUCUGGCUGCCAUGAAGGGAUACUUUGCCGGCGGGAUCUGCUGGUUGAUCAUCCCAUGGGCUCUUGGGACCGCUGCUUCUCUAUCGUGUUUGGCUCUUAUGUCAGACCCUGGUUCUCCAACAUAUCCUGAUCCAGUUCCAACCACUCUGGUCAACGAAGGAAUCCCAAUGCUUUAUGGAAUGUUUGACUUGAUGGGAAAGCCGGGAGCAGCAGCUGGUAUGCUUAUGGUGUGGCUAGCCGCAACUUCAGCCACUUCCUCGGAGCUGAUCGGUUUCUCUUCGGUCAUGACCUAUGACGUCUACCGCACCUAUAUCAAGCCUGAUGCCACUGGGAAAGAGCUAGUUAAAGUUUCCCAUAUCUUUGUUACCUUUUUCGCCAUUGCAAUGGGGGCAUUGACCGUGGUCUUCAACUAUAUCGGAAUCACAAUUUCAUGGAUAAUCACGUUCAUCGGCAUCGCGCUGGGACCAGCCGUGUUUGCCAUUACCCUGGCUCUUUUCUGGAGAAAAACCACAGCUCUAGGAAUGAUUGUGGGACCUGUUCUCUCCACAAUCAUCGCCAUUAUUGGCUGGUGUGUUUCCGCAAAGACGCUCUACGGUGCUGUUAACAAAGACACUCUUGGAGAGCAGUACUCAUGUGCAGUGGGAAAUUUCGUGGGAAUGUUCGGAUCUCUCAUUCUCAUAGUGGGCAUUUCGCUCAUCAAGCCAGAUGCAGAGCCAUAUGACUUCUCGCAGCUCAACUCUCACUUUAUUCUGGGUGACGACGCAACCACUGAAGAAUUCGAAAAGACUCAUUUCAACUCUCCAGAGGAGGAGAAGAAGCUCAAGCGCGCUUCCACAAUCGCCAUUGUGGUCUCCUUUGUCAUCUUCUUCAUCCUGAUCUUCCUCGUUCCGAUGCCCAUGUAUGGCCAGAACUAUAUCUUUUCAAAGAAGUUCUUUAGGGGCUGGGUCAUCGUCAUCAUGAUCUGGCUCAUUCUGGCUGCAUGCUUCAUCAUAUUCUAUCCAAUAUAUGAGAGCAGAGAGGUGUUGGUCACGCUGUAUAAGGUUAUGUCUGGCAAGCAGGCUGCCAAGGAACCGAUUUUGCUUUCCGCGCAGAACACUCGGCAGGAUUCUGAUGAGAAGAAUGUUGCUCUGGUAGAUGUCAAGACAGAGGAUGUUGUGAGUUAA